CUCGAUAACAGAUACUCAUAGCCAAAAUAAUUGCAAGACGAAAGACCCAAUAAGUUAGUUCUAACCGUUACUUUGGAUAGUUUCUCCAUAAUUGUGUUGACAAUUCGUUAAGGUAACAGAAAGUACGCGAAAAUUCCAUGCCACACCACCGCUCCUCUUCAUUAGUUAGUAAGCUACUAUAAUCCUAUACAUCCAGCACACGAUAGAUGCUAAGAAAACUUUAAUCCUCCAUUUCGUAAAAUUCUAUAUCUCAAAAAAUAUUCCCACGGUCCAGCGUCCCAAAAAGUCCUUCCCCCUUUUCUUCCCGCGUAUUCUCGCUAUCUUUUUCUUUUGCAUAAAACUUUCACCGCAAAACUGAUCUCUACUUUUUUUGAUCAGCCGUUCAUCAAUGUCCGCCACCACAGAGACCCUCAUCAACCAGUACCUCGUAUUUACCGAUACCAAUGAACAAGAGGCAACCUUGGUCGUCGCCAGACUUGCUGACCAGGUAGCCCUGAAGCAGCUCACGCUCCUACAGUUCAUUCAGACGGCGGGCGACUACUUGACCCGUGACGAUGACGCAAUCCGUUCACGCGCAAUUCUCUGCUUGUCACAGAUGCUCCAGACGUUAGCCGCGCGUGAUGCGACAAUCUUUUCCAAACAAGACGUUUCGGUAUUGGUCGACUUUUACUUGUCCAAGUUUGACGACUUGGUAUCCCACAAAGCGACGCUUCUGGGGCUCAGCUGCUUGGUUGAUUUCACGCGGUUUGCCUCUACCAACGUGGCCAAGAUCUUGCAGACGCUUGAGAAGGAGUAUGCCCCGAAAAAGAACUUGGCGCCUGUCAGAUACCUUGCCUUUGACAUAUUAGCCCGCUUAUUGGCCAAAUUCGGAAGCUUCAUCGCCAGAAACCUUUCCGCAGAGUUUGCGACGACGUUUUUACACGUGGCUUCCGGUGAAAAGGACCCCCGCAACUUAAUCGCUUCCUUUACCCUUCAGGAGGUCAUUGGUGCCAAGCUAGGUAUUACGGACGAAGAAACCAACAAUGAGCUCUUUGACGUGGCAUUCUGCUACUUCCCCAUCUCUUUCACCCCGCCAAAGGGGGAUCCCUACAAGAUCACGUCCGAACAGCUAAAGACAGCUUUGCGCGGCGCCCUCAGCAGCAACACAGCCUAUGCCAAGGACGCCUUCCCGAACUUGAUUGAGAAGCUCACCACCACCAACGCAAAGGUCAAGCUUGAUAUCUUGGACACGUUGUUGCAGUGUAUUCAGGCAUAUACCCCCGAGGCAGUCCAGCUGUUCUGGUUGAGUCUUUGGAAUGCCUUGAAGUUUGAACUCUUGCACAACGAGCUCAGCAUGUUCUCAGCUGAGGGCGUGGCCACCGACGACGACGAAACCAGGGUUUAUGUCAGAAUGUUUGAGAUUUUCAGGGCCAUGGCUGUAAAGUUGCGACAGUGUCUGGAGUCCGGGUUACAGCCGUACCUUACGACCCUCAUCGAGGAGUUGUUGCCGAACAUCGAACCAGAACACAAGCUCUUCAAAGCCUCGAUGCUCAUCUUGACAAACGUUGCGGAAGCAUCUCCUGAGGCGUUCAACUACAUCGUGGAGAAGGUGUUUGUUCGGCUUUUCGAGGACGUGAACGACCUCAACGUGCCAAAGCAGCGCAACUUGAUUGCUAACAUGGGCUUCUUCUUGAAUGCGUAUGCGAAUUUAGUUAAUGCGCUCAACGCCGGGGAAUUUGAGUCUGAUUUUGCUUCCAAUGCCCUUUUAUCGCACAAAGACAACAUCCUUGCCUUACUUUCCAAGACCCUCAUGUCCUCUUCCUCCAGAGAAGCCACCUUGCGCAUAGCAACCAUUCACCAGUUGGUUAAGUUGACAAGCCUCCCGCGCUUCCUUAUCCUCGAGGAAACUUCCUUCAUUCUCCAGUUCUUCAACGAAGUCAUUAUUGCUGAUGACGCCGCCCAGACCUGCUCCGCCAUUAUCGAUGGAUACGUGGCCAUUAGCCGCGACCAACACAAGGUGCAGUUGCUUUUAGACACCUCUUUCCCGGUCCUAAUGAGCUUAUUGCCGGAUUCUGAUGAAACUAUGAGUCCAGCCAAAUCUGCGGCCGAAAUAUUGGCCAUUUUGGUGAAAAUGUCCACCAACAGGCAGGUCUUGGAGAUGUUGUGCGUCCGGUUGUUGAACAAAUUGGAGCAGGCCAUCGAUAGCUCUUCCUCUUAUGCAUACCUCACACUUAUUGUGGAUUCCAUCGCGGAAGCUGUGUUCACCAGCGAAUUGGAAUCCCCAUUCUUGACCGACGAAUGGCUCAAGAACUUGGUUCCACAGGUGAACGCCCUGGUGAUCAGGUUGUCCCAGUCCGGCCGCCUUCCAUCCGACGAAUGUUAUGUCAAUCUUCUCGAAUCCGUGGGGAAGUUGCUCAACCUCAUUUACAAGUAUGUGUCGGUGGAAAAGCACCAGCAGUUGCUCGACGAAUUGUUGCAGUUCGGCUUUCAAACCCCUUCCGCUGAUAUUGCAUUGUUCAAGUGGUCCCUCGCUGCCAUUGAUAAAACCGCUCUAAUGCCAAACAGCACUGCCUUCGCUGAGCAGCUCAUUGUAUUGGCACACGCCUCGGAUGAAUUAACCCGGGUCAACUACUUGCAGACCCUCGCCAUAGUAGUUAAUAAGUUCACCGACAGCGGGUUUUUGACGCCCUUGUUUGCUAUGCUAACCUCCGGGGUAGCUGCCACGGAGACUAGAGAGGGGAUCCAGAGUUUGGAGAUCAUUGCGUGGAUCACAAAGGGAUUGGUAUUGAAGAACGAUAAGGCCGCGGACCCGUUCCUUUGCUACAUCCUUACAUUGCUCGAAACUCCUUACGGUGUGGUGGGCUCCCGAUGCUUGGAAAUUGUCAUUUGCGACUUGGAACUCUUUGCCAAGCCAAAAAAGUUGAUUUCCCGUGUCGUGCCCGUCAACACGAGAUUGUUAUACAAGCAAAAGUUCUUCGAGAGCGUAGUGCCUCAGCUCGUGGAGAAGUUUGGCUCUGCCCAAGAGAUUGCCACUAAGAAGUGUUAUUUAAUUGCGAUUUCGCUUCUCUUGAAGUAUGUCUCGCGUGAAAUUAUCUUGCCCCACUUGACCACCUUCCUCCCAUUACUCUUACAAUCUAUUUCUUUGAUCCCCGACAAUGAGAUUAGAUGCGCUUCGUUAACCACAAUUUCGUUGACUACGAACGAAUUGCCGGAACUUGUGACCCAGCACUUGCAGACAUUGGUACCGGCAUUGUUAGACUUGUCCGAGGCGAAGAAUGGCAAUAGCGAGAAGGUGAGGCUUGAGGCGUUGCGCUGCUUGUUGCUCUUGCCAAAUGCGGUUGCGUUGACUAAGAUUGUUCCCUUCCGAAACUCUGUCUUGAGACGCUUAGAGGUGGCGGUGGACGACAAGAAGAGAGCGGUGAGAAAAGCUGCGUGUGAUGCCAGACAGGCGUUCUACGAGAUUUCCUAGAGGUGCAUCGGAUCACUGUGUAUAUAUAAAUUAGGAUAACAGGUGAUAAAUUUAUCCUGGACCAUCGAUAGAGGGUAUUGAUGAAAGCGCUUGCUUUAAAUGAUGGACUGUAUGAUAGCAGCGUUACCCGAAGGAGUAUUUACCGGAUUUAUAAUUCACAUUCACCACUCUCUCAGUACACCAAAAUAUUGCACAAACAAUAUCCAGAGUUGUUUUCUUC